UAUACCAUGACAAUUUUGAAUUUGGCAUUUUGCAUUCCAUGAAUGAUUAACGAAACCACCAUUCGUCAAUGCCAAAACGCAAAAGUUUAGGCGUUGACAACGACUCUUUUGCCGUCCGCUGGCAUUCUUUUGCCGAUAUGAACACACCCAGCGCGGAUAUUAUGUCGUCACCCGAUCCUCUAAACGAUACCGUUGAACAGAGUGUCGUGCCCCCUCCAUCCACGCGCCGUGUCGUCCGCAGCAGCCAACGGUCCAGCCGCUUCUCUUCCAUGGGCUUAGGAACCUCUCCUAGGAAACAGACUUUCGAACUCGAGGUUGGAGAUAAUAAAGCGCCCCAGAAAUUACUAGUUACGGUCGAGACAGAGGAACCAAGCGCGACUGCAGGCCCCAGCAGCGCGCGACGAAAACUAUUCCAAGACAGCCCUUACCUACCGAUAUCGCGACGCAGAGAAAUGGCGACGACCACGACGACUGUGCCGCUAAAGGGGGCGAUCGAGGACGAUAACAACGCGACUCCUAGGAAACGAGGACGACCAAGAAAAACAAAUGGCACACCGCUACCCAGUGCAGGCACCAAGAGAAAGUCAAUAACACCGAUGCAUGGAAGCCCCCGGAGAAGACAACGCACGACAAAAGAUACAGAUACAGAUGCACCAAAUAAAUCGGCAGACAGUAAUGCGCAGCCAACACCAGGAACAAAAAGACGAGGUCGACCACCAAAGAACCGUCUUGUUGACCCACCAAAUGCCACAGAAGACGAACAAAACGCGAGGGGGAUUUCAGAAACGAGUAACAGAUCAGAAAGUCAAGCUCUCGAUAAGAUUGAGGUUGCUGGCGAUGCAUCCGACCUGCCCUCUCUCCGCGCCGACGACUCACAAGCCGACAACGAUGUAACUCUGGUCAUUACGCCGUCAGAAGCUGAAGCAAAUCAAUUACGCGCAAACCGAACCGCGAAUAUUAGCGCGCCUGCUCAGCAAUCGGAACCCGACUCAGAUAUUUGGAUGGCAACAUUAGACGAUGAACCAACGCCGCGGCCGGGGAGUCGCGCAACCCAAAAUGCGCCUGCUCCUUCAAGUCCAGAUCAUGGACGAGCAGAUGAUUCCUCAGAUUUUGGAGAUUAUGGCUUUGGACCAGCUGGAAGCGACGUAUCUUCUGCAGACGAACCUCAAAGCGACACCCGUCCUGGGAACGAAGAUACGGUCGCAGCGGGUGAAGACUUUAGCAUGAUAUUCAUGGACUCGCUCCCCUCGCUACAAGCCAGUAUGCGCAGCUCUGUUCGAGAGAUCGCCGAAAACGACAUUGGCGAGGAAACCAGCCUAAUUAUUAACAACACUUUGGAGUCUCUACGGCAGUCUCUGCAGGAUCGCGACAGACCUAACGUGAACAAGGAAACCGCUGAGCAAGACAAGGAGCCCCAACCAUCCGCACCCGCUCCCGCUGAGCCUCGAGAUGAACUCCGACAAUCUACUAUUCGUCCACCCAUGACCUUUUCACCUAACCGCAACUUAUCUUCCAUAUGGCGUCAGACUCCGCGAAGAAUGGGCUCUUCUCCAUUGCGACGGCAAGUGUUGCAGUCAAACGCGCGAGACAAUGCGGAUGCUGAAUAUCGCGGAUCUCCUCUGGCAACACAACGACAAGACUCCUCACAUCUCGAAAUCGAUAAUUCAAGCUUGUACGACGACUCGUUCUCAGAGAUACCUGAUGCAGUACUUGAGGCAGCCACUCCCCGCCGCCCUCGAGCCAUGGCCAAGAAAGCACCAUCAGAGACUGAGGAUGUUGAAAUGGGGGAUGCGGACCUUAUCCAGUUUGAAGAUGAGCCCCAGCAAGCAGAGAUACAGCAACGAGAGCAAGUGGUUGAAGAACAAGGUGCAGAAGCAGAACAGGAGGCAGUCGAAGAUCAAGAGUCAGUCGAAGCGCAAGAACAACAGGAGGCUGAACCUCCAGCAGCUUCGGUUGGAAGCGUUAUCUCUCGUUCGGAUGGCGGGCGCCUCCCCACCCCUGACGACACCCCUCCAAAUAUCGAUUUUGGAAACAAUACUGCCCCGAAGUCAACAAGCAUAUCGCAGAGUCCAGCUAGGUCUGCAUCUUCCAGAAAUUCACCGCCGAGGAAUUCAUCACCGGCGCCCGCCACCCAAGCCCAGGUACCACCUGAAACUAUAGAGAUUGAAGACGAAGUUGUUGAUCAAGCUGUUGAAACUACCGGGCAAGUCACCAACGGGGCUAUUGUCGAAGUCGAAGAACUAGCCGACAACGAUGAUGAACCUAUCAUGGAUAUGACUAUUAUGCCUGAACCUGAUGACCAUUCUGUUCCAGAUGGCCAGCCCUUGGAAGAGACCAUUAUGGAAGACCUGGUUGAAGAGGAACCUGAAGAGGCCCAAGAGAUUCCUGAAAUCGUUGUACCUCAGCAACCCCGUUUGUCCUUAGAGGCCGAAAUGCAGCAGCCAGAAGUCACGCCACUAAAUCAACUUACAUCGCCUAUCCAGGAACCUCAAUCGUUGCCUGAUGUGCCACCAGAGAGAGUCAGACGUCCUACAUUGUCCCCCAUUAUGAGGGCCGGGAGAGCUUUGCAGAGCGUGACCUCGGAUCCUCCAACACCGGAGGCCCGCGACCAUCAUUUGCGAAGCCCUUUCAGGCGAUCUGCUUCUAGAGAGUUGGGUCCAAGGGUAACUCAGCCAAAUCUACGGACGAACGCGAGUCCUGGGAAGUCCCGUCCAUUCACCGAAACUGCCCAGAUCCCCAAAGGCGAUGACGUUUAUGACGACCCCUUUGGAACAAACACCAGACAUACAGGUCAAGCUAGCUUUAUGGAAGCUCUUGAGAGGAGAAGUGCUGGUUCGUCACCACGCCAUCGCCGAACAAUGUCCAGGGAAUCUGCAGCAAGCUCUACGCAUUUCCAGGCUCCCAGUGAGGGUGGAAUGAGUUGGGUUGAUAGAGAAGGUCCUAUAAGCGACAACCUCAGAGGAGAUGUACCCCUUGAGGCUUUUGCAAGAUCAACAGCCAGACCUCCCGAGCCACAGUCCAUAUCUCAUGGCCAAUUGGACGGAACGGUGGAUGACGCAGACGACGAAACCGAAGAUGCCGGUGAUGACAUGGAUCUGUGGGAGUUUGAGGCCCAAAGGUCUAGCCCUCAUGCAGCCCGUCAGCCUUCACCAGCGAGGAAACCCGAGUCACCUAUCCCCAGACGAAGCACUCUCCCAAGCCCUUGGAGGAGGCAGACUAACAAGGGAACGCAACGGCCUCCAACGACUGCAGAUCAGACAAGGAAUGAACUGGAAGAGAAUGAAGAACACCUGGAAGAAGAGACCGCGCCUCAACCUGAUAACAUGGAUGUUGCGCAGGAUGAACCAUCUCAGGCAGAGGAGUAUUCUCUUGUUACUCAAAGGGAGGUUCCUCAAGAAUCUGAUAAGGCUCCUGCUACCGCCAAAGCGAACCGUUUCGACCUCUCGACUUUCUUCUCUUCACCGGCCGCGAUCCCAGGCAUGUUGGCUGACAAGCUCUCUCCUCUUAAGAAGAUGUCCGUCUUUGGAGCGCGACCCACUGAGACCGAGCCUCAGCCGAUGGAGACAGCUCACACCCUCCCGACAAGCUCCAUGUUCCCACAGCUGCCACAACAGGAGCUUGUACCUCGAGGACAGCCAAGGGCAGGCUUCUUCUCUCCUAUACGCCCUGUCCAGCCCCUGGCGAGGCGAGGCCUGUCUGAAGAACCUGAAAAUGAUGAAUAUUCUCGAUCAGAUUCACGGUCGAACAUGUCAUCGCCAAGUCGACAGGCAACGGCUUCCCCAAGACAAGACGAGCGCGACGCUUCUAUGCAGGAAACAUCUGAGCAACAAAAUGACGGUGAACAGCAGGAAGAGCUCGACGAGGAGGGCACAGAGGUACUUGAAGAAGAAGAAGGCGAAGAUCAAGUAUCCGAGCCACUGCCUUCAGUGCCUCAGAAGAUGAACUUUACUCCGCAGCGGAGAAAUCCUAGUCAGAGUUUCUUCAAGGCUUCAACUCAGGCUGCUGCCCCUGACCCUGCCCCCAUCCUGAGUAGUAGUGCCACCACUCCACCGAGGAUGCAGCUCACUCACGCCGAUAUACAAAAGUGGCAGCAGCAAACAUCCAAUGCAAGUGAAGAUUCCCCUGAGCGAUCCACAGCUAGCACUCUCCUUCGUCCAUUACCUCCCAAGAACGCUUCCCCGAUCAAAUCAAGUCUUCGUUCGCCACUUAAACCUCACACUCCUGGCCGUGUGGUUGAGUUUACCAGCAGCGUCCUAUCUCCCAUCGAGCAAGCCAAGGUUCGACACCAACGUCGACUAUCCAACUCCUCAGCAGCAUCUCAGUCAAGCACAGGUGCCCAGCGUCCUCGUGCAAGAGCACUACCACAUCAAACUGCUAACAAGGAGAAUAACACCAUCCCGCAAAUUCCUAUAUAUAACGAGAAACUCCCAACAAAACAAACCCACCCUGAACCACUCUCCCAAACGGUCUGGACACGAAGACACUGGCUGCUCUUGGAUGAUCUUCUUCAACAGCGACGUCAGGGCCCCUUCAGGCUUCAUUUUGAACGCUAUUCAGACCAAUAUCUUGGAAAGACGGUCGCAAGCCAAGGCGAGUCAAUGACGCUGGAGCGUUGGCACUUGGACUGCGCCGACGCUUUCAAAGCACAAGUCGGCGGCUGGGAUGAGGCUGCACUAGUCAAAAGAUUAUUUGCCUUAAUUCUGGGUGAAGAGAAGAGAAGCCGAGGAGCUGGUAAACCAGCGCGAGUUAUGUUUCACUAAACGACAUGAAAGAAUCCUGUUUUUAUAAAAGGUUUGGUUUUUUUUUGUAUUUUUCUUUUUGUAUAGAAUCACGAAUAUGGCAUAGUUAGCAUUUCAUGAGGCGUUCUGUUUCAUAAGUAGGUGGCUGUUAUUGUUGUUUGGAGAUACCAGAUACCGCUUGUUGUAUCCUUUAUGCUUUCUUUGCAUAUGAUUACAUACCCCUGUCUUGCAGCGCAGUCUGUUGGGGGCAUCAGCAUAUAUAUAGUUUUGGU